UAGCAAAACGCUUACAAAUCAAUCGCCUGACAACAAGGAAGAACUAUGUGGCAAACAAAAUCAUUUAUAUUUUGUCUUUUACUUUAAAUAUUGAUAAAAAAAGAAGAUGACAGGUGACCCGGUUAAAACCGCGCCUCUUCCAAGUGGUCCGGCGUCUUUAUGUUUUGACAAGGAUGAUUUUAUGAAGGAUGAUUUCAAUGUUGAUAAGUUUGUGUUGGAGUGUCGACGCAGAGUUCAGCUUGAAGACUUUAGAGAUGAUCUGUCUACCUACCUGAAAAUCCUGCGCAACGCCAUGAUAGAGCUGAUAAAUAAAGACUAUGCAGACUUUGUCAAUCUUUCAAGCAACUUGGUUGGGAUGGACAAAGCAAUCGACAGCCUAUCGGAACCAUUGAAACAGCUUAAACACGAAGUCUUGACUGUACGCACAUCGAUGGAUGAGGCCAUAUCAUUAGUAGAGGCUAAACUGAGGCAGAGACAACAAAUUAAACAAUCAAAAGCCUGUCUGCAGCGACUUCUUAACAUCACCCAGUCUGUGGACAAAAUAGAGCGCUUGCUGGGGAUAAACCAACCUGAAGGGGCCGACAAUAACACACAUAGCAGUAAUGGAGGCUUGAAUGGGCAGCUGAUAGAGAGGGUAGCGACAGAGUUCAACAAACUGCAGUUCUACGUCACAAAGUGCAGGGGCCUGCCUUUAGUGGAGCAGAUCAGGCCGAGGAUUUCCAAUAUCACUACAACCCUACAAUACAGCCUAGAAGGGUCGUUCCUGGAGGGACUGGACUCGUGUAAUGUGGACAUGCUACGACAGUGCCUGCGUACGUACGCGCUUAUCGACAAGAUCAGAGAUGCAGAGAACCUAUAUCGACAGCACAUCGUUAGGCCAUAUAUGGAAGAGGUUAUCACAGAACAGUUUAUCAAGAAUGACCACAACGGACUGCGAGGCAUGUUCAACAAGGUUCUUGACUUUAUCCCAACCCAUUGCAAACUUCUCACCGACGUCACUUCCCGUGUCUCAGCAGGGACCUCAGAAACAGUGCGAGGGUAUGAUUUUGUGGUGAACUCUGUGUGGCCGGAGAUAGUCAGCAAUAUUGAGGCUAGGACCAGCUCAAUAUUUGCACCUGGAAAUCCAAACAUCUUCCAAGCAAAAUACCUGAUAAGUAUAGAGUUCUUAGACCAGUUUGAGCGUCUGUGUGGCUCCCAGGCCAGUGUGAGAAGGCUCCGGGAUCACCCUAGCUACCAUACCUUCAUGAGCAAGUGGAGUCUGCCGGUCUACUUUCAGAUCAGAUUUCAAGAGAUAGCUGGCACAUUUGAGGCAUCGUUAUUCACACCAUUCAACAUAUCUACUGGCGGUUCCCAGUUCCACCUCCUGUCCACCUGUCAGCUGUGGGUGAGCCUUGCCCGGUGCUGGGAGCCAGACGUCUUCCUGGCCCCCCUGUGUCACCGCUUCUGGAAGCUCAAUACCCAGAUGCUGGCCCGCUACACCACAUGGCUUGACGAGGCAUACAGGGAACAGAUUGUGGAAAGACAAGACACUGUUACCGAGUCAAAAUCCAAGGGGGCUGGAGGGGACAGGGCUGGGCCAGGGGCAGAUAAUCUGGCAACAGGGCAACCAGAGGGGCGUUCAACACCAACAAAGGGGAGGGUAACUCCAACAGUUCCCACCUCUCCACCCAUCACCAUAGGCCAGAUAGUCUCCCUUGUUACAGAUGCAGAGAAGCUACUAGAACUGCUACCAGGGUUCCUAUCUGAAAGCGUAAUUCCACAAAUUAAAGGCAUUCAAGAAGCAGCCAUUGCAUCUUUAAAAGAGAGUUUAACAGAAUGCUGCACUGCAAUGGAGAGAAAACUUCCCCAGUUCCGAGACUAUGUUGUUAUGGACAUCACCAACCAGUGCACCAUUCAUCUCAAACAGGUCAACGACAUUCCCAGGCUGUACAGACGGACAAACAGAGAGGUUCCCAGCAAGCCGUCUACAUACAUUAGCGCCAUGUUAAAGCCUGUAACCAUGUUUAUGGAGGAACACGGUGAACUACUCAACCUCGACCAGAAAUCGGCCAUCUGUUCUCAAGUGUUUGCAAAUCUCGCAGACCAGUACAACACUGUGACAACUGAUGUCUUGACCGCGGUCAAAAAGAUGGAGGAAAGUUUGAAGCGACUCAAGAAAGUGCGAGGCACGGAGAAGACUACUGGUUCACAGGGAAUGUCUGAUGAUGACAAGAUACGAAAGCAGCUCAUUAUCGACAUUGAGAACUUUGGAGAGCAGAUGGCCCAGUUCCACGUCGAUUGCAGCAGCCUCGAGCAGUACAGGAAACUGCAGUUACUGAUAGACGAUGCUAAGAAGGCAAUGACCUACAGCAACGAUGACAGCUGAUGAGCAUUUAAGGCUUACUUUUGUAGUGAAAUAGAUUGAGCAGCAUGAAUUACUGGGCACAAUUGAAUACCGAGACAUCUCAAUACAUUUUAUUUUUAGUUUAACCUAUUAUUGUACAAAAGCUUAACCCAUAUAGGCACUUAACUUUAAAAAUUGUCAUAUGUGGGUAACUUAGCUUGAAAGAAUGGGCACAUUUGUACACUGAGACGCACCAAUAUAUUUAAGUUUAGAUCAAACUUUUUUAUUAUUGUAUAGAAGACCGUAUGCAUAUACAUGUAUAUAUAGACACUCUUGAGUCUGUUUCAUGAUUAAGUACCAGUUCUUGUGUCUUUGGGAAAAUCAUGUGAAUGCUUCUAGAGUCAGGAUCCUUGUGGUUUGCAACGGGGACAAUUAAAAAUAUUUAUAACUUUUAAGUUUAACUUUUUGUUUAGAGCUAUGGAAUAAUUAUGUAGGAGUUACUUGUAUCAAAGAAGGCUUAAAGAUGUGAAUGACUUUAGGUUGUUUUCUGCACAAUUAUGUUAUUUACAAGAUUUAAAAUAGUGAUGUCAUUUUAAGAUACCAUAUCAUUUUCUACAUGUUUUUCAACAACUGUCUUUAAUACCUGCUUGCUGUAGUCAUUUGUAUGAGAAUCUAGGAAAAUGAUUUUGCGAAUAUUUAUCAAUCCGCUUUAGGCACACUAUUUAGCAUGAAUUUACUCACUUGGUGUAAGUGUUGUUAUUCCAGAAAAUUGUGAUGUUCAAACAGUGUUUUCUUCAGUGCUUUAUUUGUGCUGUUUUUUACAAUUUUUCUGACAUGGAAACCUCUCUUAUUUACCAGACUAAUGAAUUUAAGAUGACAAAUCUAUAGGUUUGUCAGUUUUGCUUUUAUGAAAAUUCAUAACAAAAAGCUGUAAACAGAAUAAUAGUAUUACAUUUAUAUUAUAAAAUGUUUGAAAUAAUACAUUAUUAAUUUAUUUAACGUAUUAACUCACAUAUUCUAAUUCUUUCAAAGCUGUAUAUUAUCUUAUUGUAUUAAAUACAAUGAUUCUGUGAAUUAUACCAUGCAAAUAAACUUGUGUACGUUCAUUUCCUGUAAAUUCAAACUAAAAUACUGGUAUAUUUUUUCACCUGAAUAUAAACCUUUUUUUUUCCAAGAACAUCAAAAUGUUAUUAAUAUUUUAGUUAAUGAUUGCUGCAGUAUUCUUUGAAUUUUUAAUAUACAGUAUAGUAUCAAAAUGUAAUUCAGGUUUUCUUGGACGAUAAUUAUUUUACACAGUUCUGCUACUGAUUUCCUUGUUAGCUGUAUAUGGAACUGGAACUAUACCAUAACUUAUGGUAACCAUGUAAUGUUUGUAUCUUGAAUUAUGUUCAUCUUGCACAUAAAAGAAUAAUGAUACAUACCGUACAUGUACAUUGUGCUAUAAAUGUAUUAUUUAUAUGAGUUAGUUAUUGCUUUGUUCUGGCACAUUGUGUAUUUUGAAUUUGAUCUGUAAAAAUAAAAGUGGGAAGUCCAA